AUUGCAAGUGCUUAUUUUUGUUAUCUCAUAUCAGUGUGUUUAUAUUUUAUCAAAUCAUUUAAAAUCUUCUUAUGAUUACAUGUACAAGAUUAUUUAAUAUUAGUUCUAAAUGUGUGUUGAAUCGUGUUGUAUUUUCUAGUAUUAAAAAUAAUUUACAAAAAAGUUUGUGCCAAACAACCGGCUUUAGGAAAAUGGCAAACGUCCAACAGAGUAAUGUGAAACCGGUUAUUUAUUGUGAAAAAACAGGAUUAUUAGGGGAUGAUCCUUCUCAGAAAAAAAUUAAGAUAGAUUACAGGCUUCCAGAAGGAGUAAAACCUGUUCAUUACGACCUGCUCCUGACUCCUGAUUUAAAAACUGGUAAAUUUUCAGGACAUGUCGGAAUUGAUGUCCAGGUCAAGGCCAAAAGGAACGAUUUGGUCCUUCAUGGAAAAGAUUUAAGGUACAUCAACAGUAAAUCAGUUUCCAGAAGAAUGAUAGUUCGAAGGGCCCUUAGAUCAGGUGAUGGGUCUUUUAUUUUAGACCCACAUGCUGAAGAGACCCAAAUUUGGGGCUUUGGAGACGUCGAUAUGGACGAACAGGAUAUCAAAGACCUCAUUUUACCAGAUCAAAAAAAUAGGAAAAAAUUAGUUGAAAUUUAG